UAUCCGUGUAUUUGAGACUUGAAAAACUGUUCUUUUUCUAUUUGUCAAAAACAAGGCAGCUAAGGGAACUGAUACGAGUAGUUUACAAACUUCAAACUACGUCAAACAGCCUGAAUUAAUUUUGUUAAUUGUUUUUUAAUUACAUCUAUCUGUUGGUAAAGUACUCUUCGUUUCUAUUUUUAUUGAAAUAAUAUCAGUUAUUCCCCGCAUUUGCCAACUACUUCCUAAUAGUUCACACACUUGAAAUCAUUAACGAAUCAAAAUAUUUUCCUCAAGAUAACGAACGAAUAUUUAUAUAAAUAAAUUCGCAUCUGUUCAGCUCUACCAGUCACUGAAGGAUUAAUCCACUUUCAUCACAGAAAAGAUGUUAUCGGCAUGGCUUCUAGUCCUUGUGCUCCCAGCUGUGAUUGCCAAUUGUCCUCCCCAGCCCAAACCUGAGCCUGUGGAGACAGAUAUUCUCGGGAAAUUUUGUCCUGUUUGUCUGAUUGCUUGUCAGAAACCCAAGUGUCCUCCCGGAACUGUGGAGACGCAGAAUGCUCCAAAACCAUGUACUUGUGACAACUGUCCAUUCUGUGCUGUAUAUAGAGGAAAAGGACAGAGUUGCAACUACACCCAACGUUUUCCCUCCAGAAGAAGAAGACAAACAGCUGAUGUUAGAUAUGUUUGCCAUAAAGGUUUGACAUGCCAAAAUGGAACUUGUCAGUAAACUGCAUGAGAGGCAAUCUACGUUCUAUAAUGUUCACUAUAAACUGUUCAUUAUUGUUAUAGUAAACAGGACCAAAUUUGAAAAACACUCAGGGCGAACGCAUGCAUACAGCAGCUGACAGACUGAGGAAUAAUCUUUGGAUGGAAGUUCAUUUUUAUUUUAGACUAUUGAUUUACUAUCUCUCCCCAAGAGUCCGAAUGUUGCAACGCAUGCAGACGUCUGCUCAUGCGGACGAAGAUGCGUGACAUGCUAACAGAAGAUGCGUGUGCCUGUGUGGGAGAUCAGCUGUGUAAUCAAUUAGCUUACCGUAUCUCGCGAGUAAUCUAGAAAUUUAAAUUGACUCGAUCAAAAUACAGUAAUCUGAUUUGUUGACAUGAGAUGAUAUUAUAUCAUAAUAUUAAAAGUUAAUCAUUAUUUUACAGUUGCAUUAUUUUACGUUUCAAACGUUUGAUAAUUCUCUCCGGCUGUCAGCUGAUGUGUUCGUUCGCCUCUAUCCAUGUUCAAAUAUGUUCUCGAGGACAUUUCACCGAUACACUCCUGGUUUUUUUGGAAAUAAAGCUGUUGAAAAUCA